CCUAUUCAAGCCUCCGCCCGACCGCUUCAGGAUCAUCUCACGAUUCUCCUCUCAAAGAAAUGGGAGGAGGAGAUGAAGUACUGGUUGUAUUACUCAUCCAUUUAUCACUUGUUUUUUCAUUACAUCCGUUUUCAGGACACCAACGGUACCGGCGUCAGAUAUUAGAUGAGCCGAAUCAGCAAAUUGAUUUAAAUAUAACAGUUCCCUAUAUUUUCUCUGCAAGACUUUAUACUUAUGGAGCCAAUCGAGGAGAUAUUUCUAUUCAUGGAAGACAAGAAAUUUAUAAAUUGGAAAAUCCAAUACAUUUCAUGGGAAAUGUCUACGAAAGUGUUUAUAUCUCAAGAGAUGGAUCAGUGGGAUUCACGGAAAAACGACAAAAGCCUUCUGCUCUUCCAGUCGAGGAACCAACAAUUGCCGUCUUUUGGCAGCCGGCAACGCUUGGAAAUGUUUGGUAUCGAGAGACUUCUGAUAUCAACAUAAUGAAUCUUGCCCAUAACGAAGUGAAUAUUCAAUAUAGAUAUGGUGCUCAAUUUAGAGUUCGUUCAGUUGUCCUCAUUACAUGGGAAGGUGUCAAAGAUCCUCUCGUUCCGGAGUCAGAAGGAAAUACAUUCCAAUUGGCAUUAAUCAUCGGAGACUCGAUGACAUUUGCACAUUUCAUAUACAGUAAACUGAAUUUUAAUACGAAUGCAAUUGCUGGUUUUUCAACUAGAGAUUCAUCAUAUUCUCUGCCCGAUUCAGCAACUAACGAUGCAAUUCUAUUAUCGGAGAAGUCAGAUAUAGGAAUUCCAGGAGAAUGGUUAUUCCGGGUUGAUGGAGAUCGAAUCUAUCUCUGUGGAGCUGGAUUCAAGGGAUUAGAAUGUAUUGAAAGUUGUGCACCAUCUCAAUGGUUUAAUGAUUGCUCAAAAAGUUGUCACUGUGAUGGAGGAGAUUCUUGUGAUCAGGAGAAUGGAAGAUGUCCUAAUGGAAAAUGUUCACCUGGAUGGAUUGGUGAGCCAAUUUGUGAUGAAGAUAUGGAUGAAUGUGAAAUGGGAAUUGAUAAUUGUCCAAAUGAACAACCAGACUGUCUAAAUACACCUGGAAGCUUCUUAUGUCUUUGCUUCGAAUACGAUGAAGCUCAACAAAAGUGCAAAAAUUCAAAGGCAGCACCACCAAGUGCUCCAAUUCCAGUUGAUGUUAUUCCAAUGCACCCAACGUUUACGAGAAAACCAACACCUCCAAAAGUCACAGCACCUCCGAGGAAUCGAUUCAAAUCUACAACAGCUGCCACAUCUCCAACUUUUAUUACUGAAACUACAACAAGGCAGACUACAACUACAAGAGAAAAAUCAAUUUCAACCCCACUACUGACAACUGAAGUAGUGACUAGACCAUCUCCCACAACUACAGUGGUCACGGCACCGGCGGCAUGUGCUCGAUGCGAUCAGAAUGCAAAGUGCUCAAACGGAGUAUGCACAUGUUCCGAAGGCUUCACUGGAGAUGGAUUCAGAUGUUACGAUGUCGAUGAAUGCGAGAUUCCUGGCGCAGUUUGUAGAGAUCAUUCGAUUUGCUCCAAUACUAUCGGAAGUUUCGAGUGUACAUGUCAUGGAGGUUAUCGAUUUGAGGAUGGGAAGUGUGAAGACGUUGACGAAUGCCGAGAGCUUCCAAAAAUCUGUGGGGAUCCUAACAAAGGAACAAAAUGUAUUAACAAAGAUGGAACAUUCGAAUGUUUAUGUAAAGAUGGUUAUGAAGGAGAUCCAUCUUCAGAAUGCAGAGAUGUUAAUGAAUGCAAAAAUCCAGAUGCAUGUGGACCAAAUUCACAGUGCACUAAUACGCAAGGCGGAUACGAAUGUGAAUGUCUAGCUGGAUUUGAACGAAUUGCUGAAGGAGCUCAUUGCACAGAUCGAGAUGAAUGUGCAGUUGAGCCAUGCCAUCCAGCAGCAAUCUGUAGUAAUACAAGAGGAUCAUAUAAAUGUGAAUGUAGAGAUGGAUUUGUUGGAGAUGGAAAGACUUGUCAUGAAACAAUUCUAUAUCCAAUUUCAAAUGAUUCAACUGUCAUUCCAAGAUCAUGGGAUUCAUCAACUGCCGUUCCAAUUUUGAGCGAAAUAACCAUUUUUGGGAAGAAAUAUUCUAAAAUUUAUCUCUCCACGAAUGGAAUAAUAUCUUUCGAUGGACCUCUUCAAGGACUAAUUGAUCAUGCGGAGACCCUUAAGAAGCCUGCAAUUUUUGCACUUCAUGCUCAAUUUGACUAUAUUCGAGAAGGAUUAGUUGCUUAUACAUUUAUCAAUGAUACCGAUGCAGUAACUCUUCCGCUUCUAAUGCGAUCUUCGAUUGGAAUUCAAACUGCAAUGGGAAUUGAAAAUUUCCAGACAAAACGUCUUCAUAUUUUCACAUUUGACAGAGUUCGCCAGUCUGGAUCAGAAAAUUUUAAUUCAUUCCAAAUUGUUCUGGCUGAAUCUGACAAAGAUGCAACGAUUCUUUCGUUGAUUUAUGAAAAAGUUCAAGCUCGAGGUCCAAUGACUGGAAUUUCAACGCCAAGUCGAUUCCUGAUGUUACCAAAUAAUCGAUUGGCUAGUGGAUCGAAUGUUGGACAACCUGGAAAAUGGAUGUAUAGAGUAGAUAUUGCUGACCUCCAAACUUGUCCACCAGGACGACUUGGUGAACCACUUUGUGACAGAGAAUGUGCUGCAGGGCAUUAUGGAAUAAACUGUGAAUCAACGUGCCAUUGCGAUGGAUCAGUCGCAUGUGAUGUGAUCACUGGAAUGUGUCCUGGAGCACUUUGUAGAGCAGGAUGGGAAGGAUCUUCGUGUGAUCAAGACAUUGACGAAUGUGAAAUGAGUUUAGUGACAUGUGCAGUUGGAUCACAAUGUGUUAAUACAAGAGGAGGAUAUAGAUGUGAUUGUAAAGGUGGAUUUGCUCCAGUUGGGAAAGAAUGUAAACCCAUCGAUCGCUGCUUAUCCCGCUUCUCUGUGCCAUGUUCUCGUAAUGCUGAAUGCGUCGAAUCUAUCGAAUCAAAUCCAAAAUGUGUUUGCCGUAAAGGUUAUCAUGGAGAUGGAUUUAGAUGUACAACAAGAGAUAACAUCAAAUCAGCUGGUGGAAACAUAUUGAUAUCUGAUUUGACACAUCAUUUAAUGGAGGUUGCAAGCGAUGGAACAAACUCAACAGAUUUGCCUGGCACCGGCUUGUCUGAAAAUCCAUUUGUCAUGAAAAACUGGGUGUCUGACCGUAUCGGAGAAACAACAACUCCAGUUUCCCAGAGACCCAAAUUUGUAACCGUUCAAACACCACCUCUAUUCUAUACAGCACCACCAAUCAAACCAAAAAUCAACGACAAAGACAUGGACCUGUCGGAUGGAGAAAAGCCAACGGCUGAGCUAAGCGAUGGUGUUUCAUCUGUCUACGUUUUCAUUUGUGUUGCACUGCUGUCCAUUUGGGCAGUGCUUAUUAUUUUGGUUAUUGGAAUCAUGUACAUAAAUAAGAGAAAACGGCGAAAUAUGGAACGUCAACAAUAUGCAGCCAUGAGAGGUUGGAAAGGUGGACAAUUUCAUUCGAGAUCAUCUCGGAUGAUAACUACAUCAAAUCCAAAUGUUAUUUAUGGACAAACACCAAGGAUAACGCCCUAUGAGAGCUACUAAUUCUUCUCAAAAUAUGUCAACUUUCAAUUUCGAUAGACGGGUCUACAAAUGCAGAGAUAAUUUAAUUUUCACAAAAAAAACUUUCACCCAAAAAGAAGCAAUUCAUUACUUACUACACGUCUCAAAAACAAGAAAACUCAAAUCAUUUGCUCAUGAAUAAAUGAAAAUAACCACUAAAAACUGUUUGUAAAUUUACAUAUUCAUUCAUAUGCACUUAGUUGAGUCGUGCAAUAAUAAAACUUUAAACUCUC